UCACACUAGCCGCUCCAAAAGAAAAAAAAGUCUCCCUCCCUCCCUCCCUCCCUCUCUCUCUCUCAUGUAGACUGACUGACGAUUAUGGGUAUUGGUCUAUUAAUAUUUCAGUAAUCCGGUUGAGCAAGGCAAAGGAGUAUCGUCUGGUAGUACGGUGCGUGCAGUGAGAGAUCCGGUUCGUUUUGUUAUCUGGGUUAUAAUAAUGGAGGAGGAGAACGGAGGACUGGUAGUGCAAAGUUUGAUAGAGACAGUGAACGAGAUAGCUUCGAUCUCAGAUUACAGAUGCGCGGUCAAGAAGCAGUAUUGCAAUCUAGCUAGGAGGUUGAAGUUAUUGACACCAAUGUUGGAAGAGAUUAGAGACAGCAAAGACUCCAUCAUCCCUCAACAAACUCUCAAAGCUCUUGUUUCGCUCAAACAAGCUUUGGAUUCCGCUAAAGAUUUGCUUAAAUUUGGUAGCGAAGGAAGCAAGAUUUACAUGGUCCUAGAGAGGGAACAAAUUAUGAAUAAAUACCAUGAGGUGACAGCUAAAUUGGAGCAAGCUCUAAGUGGAAUUUCCUACGAAAGCCUUGACAUAUCUGAUGAAGUUAAGGAACAGGUUGAGCUUGUCCUUUCUCAAUUUAGAAGAGCCAAAGGAAGGGCCGAUGAUACUGAUGUUGAGCUGUAUGAAGAUCUCUUGUCCCUUUACAACAAGACUGAUGAUUCAGCAAAAGAUCUAGCUGUCCUCAGAAGGUUGUCUGAGAAGUUACAGUUGUUGGGAAUAGCUGACCUUACACAAGAGUCUCUAGCUUUGCAUGAGAUGGUUGCUGCCACUGGUGGAGAUCCCGGGGAGAACAUUGAGAAGAUGUCAAUGCUUCUGAAGAAAAUUAAAGAUUUUGUGCAAACAGAAAACCCAAACUUGGAUGCUCCAGCAAGAGAAAAGAAUCUUCCCCCAAGUGGCAGUGGACAAGCUUUUGCUGAUGGAAGUCACAAGACACCAGUUAUACCAGAUGAUUUCCGCUGUCCAAUAUCCCUGGAAUUGAUGAACGAUCCUGUCAUUGUUUCAACAGGGCAGACCUAUGAACGUUCCUGCAUUGAGAAAUGGCUGGAAGUAGGGCAUGACACAUGUCCAAAGACACUACAGAAACUCACCAGUGCUGCUCUGACACCCAACUAUGUUCUACGCAGCCUCAUAGCCCAGUGGUGUGAAGCCAAUGGCAUUGAGCCACCAAAAAGACCCAGCAGUUCUGGGUCAAAUAAAACUGUAUCUACUUGCUCACCUGCUGAGCGUGCAAAGACUGAAAUUCUCCUUCACAAGCUUGCAUCUGGCAGCCUUGAAGACCAGCGGUCUGCUGCUGGUGAGAUCCGUCUUCUUGCCAAGCGAAAUGCUGAUAAUCGUGUGGCUAUUGCUGAAGCUGGUGCAAUCCCUCUCCUUGUAGGCCUCCUCUCAACUCCUGACUCUCGCACCCAAGAGCACGCAAUUACAGCGCUUCUUAACCUCUCCAUAUGUGAAGAAAACAAAGGAAGCAUUGUUUCAGCUGGGGCAGUUCCUGGUAUAGUGCAUGUGCUCAAGAAGGGCAGUAUGGAAGCUCGAGAAAAUGCUGCAGCCACCCUUUUCAGCCUUUCAGUUGUGGAUGAAAAUAAGGUUACAAUUGGUUCUUUGGGGGCCAUCCCUCCACUGGUGACUCUUCUAAGUGAAGGAACACAAAGGGGGAAGAAGGAUGCCGCGACUGCACUUUUCAACUUGUGCAUUUAUCAGGGGAACAAGGGAAAGGCAGUGAGGGCAGGAGUUGUGCCCACAUUGAUGCGUCUAUUGACGGAAACAGGUGGUGGAAUGGUUGAUGAGGCAAUGGCUAUACUAGCAAUACUGGCUAGCCACUCUGAAGGGAAGGCAAUCAUUGGAGCUGCGGAGGCUGUCCCGGUUUUGGUGGAAGUUAUCAGGAAUGGGUCACCCAGGAACAGAGAGAAUGCAGCAGCAGUGUUGGUGCAUCUUUGUUCUGGAGACCAAAAACAUCUGGUAGAGGCACAAGAGCAUGGAGUGAUGGGGCCGCUGGUGGAUUUGGCACAAAAUGGCACAGACCGGGGAAAGAGGAAGGCUCAACAGUUGCUUGAGCGUAUAAGCAGAUUCUUUGAGCAACAAAAGCACACUCAGGCACAAAUCGAGGCUCACAUCCAGCAGCCUCAGCCACCCACCGUUGCUAAUUCUGGUGAUAGCUGACAUUUUUGUUUACUGUUUCAUUGAUUUGGUUUUUGUUCCGUUUCAUGAUUCCAAGAGGCAGCUUUGCUUUGGAAGAGGAAGGUGGAAGAUCACCUGCUUAAGUUAUUUAUUUGUUUGUGUGGGAUGAGGACUGCUCUUUCAGGAGAUUACUAAAGAUCCAAGGGGAAAUGGAGAAUGAAGAGAAAACUCCAAAACAAAUCCAACUGUGUAUGUGAAAUUGUACCAUGUAACAUACAAUCAUCCUCAGUUUUUAUUGAAGAGAUGUUUUCUGAACUCACAUGAAGUCAUAUACAAGAUUAAGAUACACACAGAAACGAUUGAUAUGGAAAUGAAAGAAUGAAAUGAUACCGUCUAUUUAGCGGUUUCUUGUGUAGCA